CAGCCUCCGUCCUCUGAUUCUCCCACAUUCGGCACACAUACACACACAGUCAAACAGGAUUCAAUAACAGUGAUCAAGGCAUAGAGCGUGGAACAUCCACAUUAUUGAUCGAUUGCUAUCGGACCACUUCGAAGGGUAGUUUGAAGCCAAUUCGACUGUCUCCAGAUUCGGUGCACUCGUCCCACGACUGUACAAUGGCAGCAGCGGCGAUAUCACAGAUGAGUACCAUCAGCGCCGGUAGCCUUCAGGCAUCGCUGUCGCUUCUGCCCAAGCCAGGAAAGCUGGCAGGUGCGCAGUUGGUGGCUGCUCCUGCCAGAUUGACAACGUCUCUGGCAGGUAGAGUUCGGUGCGAAGCUGGAGGCAGCAAGGGUCCCUUGGCCGACGUGAGGGAGGCAGUGGGCCGCAACACGAAGAAUGUGCUCACCGAGGACGACAUCCUCCGGAACCAAGAGACCAACGAGUCCGAGAAGAAAUCCGUGAUGGGCACCGAACCGACAUCCGGGUCCUUGUACCCGCGCCCCGAGGUGGAGAGGAGAACCGAGACCGGAAGCAAGUCGUUCUGGAGCGUGUUCGCGUUCGACGGAGCGGCGCCCGAGACCAUCAACGGCAGGCUCGCCAUGGUGGGGAUGGUGUGGGCAGUGGUCGCGGAAGAGAUGACGGGGAGAACGGUGAUGGACCAGCUCACAGCUCCCGGACAGACCGGGUUGCUGUACUUCCUAGUGGCAGUGCAAUUGCUCACGUACGCAUCGCUGGUACCCAUCAUGAGCGGCGAGUCGACGGAUGCUCGCAGCUUCGGGCCUUUCACGGCGCGAGCGGAGCGAUGGAAUGGGCGCAUGGCGAUGGUGGGAUUCUUCUCGCUGCUGGUGACGGAGAUGUUCACCCACUCCGCCAUCUUCAACUAGAUUUGCUCGAUGCAGUUGCGACACCCGAUGCCAGUGCAACGGUGGCGUGCGGGCGUAUGUACAUAGGAGAGUGACCCGGGUGUCAGAUGGGUCCACGCGUGAAUGAGUGAGAUCCUGAAGCGACGACCUUGAGUGCGAUUUUGUAAAUGAGUAGCCGUAGCGAGUUCGGGUUGGAGAUAUGGCGCAGGAAGUGUGCAGGACGCGAGGAUGUGUCAUAGAGUUUCGAUUGUUUCACGUACAAUUGUGACCCGUGCGGUCCAUCAGCACGAGAGUAGCAGAUUAUGUGAAUAAAAGGACUCCGUAGGUGCAAAUCAGUCCGACGGAUUGUGGUCGGCGUUUCCGAACGGAAGCUGACCCGGAUCAUUUUGUUGCAAUAAAGAAGGAAGUAUUGGUUGUUGAA